AUGCCUUCCGCCACGGGAGAGAACUGGGAGAAGUACAAGAAGAAUUUUGCUGAUGAGGAAGAGCCCGAGAAGAAGAUUACCCCCCUUUCAGACGAGGACAUCCAAGUACUCAAGACCUACGGCGCAGCUCCAUACGCGAACGCAUUAAAAAACCUAGAGAAGCAGAUUAAGGAUAGACAAGCGAGCGUGAAUGAGAAGAUUGGCGUCAAGGAAUCCGACACUGGUCUUGCACCUCCACAUCUUUGGGAUGUUGCCGCGGACAGGCAACGUAUGGCGGAGGAGCAGCCGCUUCAGGUGGCUCGCUGCACAAAGAUCAUCCAAGAUGAGAAGGACCAAGACAAGAGCAAAUAUGUCAUAAACGUCAAGCAGAUUGCCAAGUUUGUGGUCAACCUAGGGGAGCGAGUGAGUCCUACAGAUAUCGAAGAGGGCAUGAGAGUUGGUGUCGACCGAAACAAGUACCAGAUUAUGUUGCCACUCCCGCCUAAGAUCGACCCAAGCGUUACAAUGAUGACAGUUGAAGAUAAACCCGAUGUCACAUACGGAGACGUUGGAGGCUGCAAGGAACAAAUCGAGAAGCUACGAGAAGUCGUUGAGAUGCCACUAUUGUCACCCGAGCGUUUCGUCAACCUAGGUAUCGACCCACCAAAGGGUGCCCUUCUCUACGGUCCCCCCGGUACCGGAAAAACCCUUUGCGCACGAGCCGUCGCCAACAGAACCGACGCGACCUUCAUCCGUGUCAUCGGUAGUGAACUUGUCCAGAAGUACGUCGGUGAGGGAGCCCGCAUGGUUCGUGAGCUCUUCGAGAUGGCCCGAACCAAGAAAGCCUGCAUCAUCUUCUUCGACGAAAUCGAUGCAGUCGGUGGAGCCCGUUUCGACGACGGCGCAGGCGGCGACAAUGAAGUUCAACGUACUAUGCUUGAACUGAUCACACAGCUAGAUGGUUUCGACGCUCGAGGUAACAUCAAGGUCAUGUUCGCGACCAACCGACCGUCAACACUCGAUCCCGCUCUGAUGCGUCCUGGCCGUAUCGACCGUAAAAUCGAGUUCUCCCUCCCCGACGUAGAGGGCCGUGCUAAUAUCCUCCGUAUUCACGCCAAGAGCAUGUCCGUGGAGCGCGAUAUCCGAUGGGAACUCAUCUCUCGACUCUGCCCCAACGCAACAGGUGCGGAGCUUCGCAGUGUUGCAACAGAGGCCGGCAUGUUCGCCAUCCGUGCUCGACGGAAGGUCGCCACGGAGAAGGACUUCUUGGCGGCCGUGGAUAAGGUUAUCAAGGGUAACCUGAAGUUCAACUCGACAGCGACGUACAUGCAGUAUAAUUAG